GCUUCACCCAGUGGACGGAGAAACAGUGGGAGCAUACAAAGAAAUUCCCGGAGCACGCUUGUACGCCGACUCAGCUCGAGAUGUCACAUUCUGGAGGUUCAACAUUGAAAUAGAACUAGGCGAGACGCAACAACGAAUCGCAUACCGCUUGAACCACGGACCGGCCCUGGGAUUCUGGGUACCGGCCAGAGGGCAGUCUAUGAACAUUAUGUUCCAUAGCUGCAAUGGUUUCAGCCUAGGAGUUGAUUCCAACAGAUUCUGCGGUCCUGACCCUCUCUGGCGCGACGUAUUGAAUGAGCAUCAGACUCGCCCUUUCCACGUCAUGAUCGGGGGCGGUGACCAGAUCUUCAACGACAAAGUUAUGGUGGAAUCGCCCCGAUUUCAAGAAUGGACCAAGAUAAAGAACCUGACUGACAAGUACGACAUGCCAUUUGACCCAGAAUUUCGAGCUGAGAUAGAGAGCUUCUACCUCGAGAACUACUCGGCUUGGUUUUCCCAGGGCCUUUUCUCACUGGCCAAUUCCCAAAUCCCAAUGGUCAAUAUCUGGAACGAUCACGACAUCAUUGAAGGUUUCGGUUCGUAUCCGGACGAGUUCAUGGCUACACCGGUGAUUUCGGGACUGGGUAGAAUAGCGUUCAAGUACUAUCUGCUCUUCCAGCAUCACAGCGUGACUGAAGAGACGGAAGCAGAUGAGCCUAGCUGGCUGCUUGGUGCGCAGCUGGGACCCUAUAUCAACCAGCGAAGUCGAAACGUGUUCAUGUCUAUGGGCAAGGAAGUAGCUUUUCUGGGGUUGGAUUGCAGGACGGAGCGACUGAGUGACGAGAUACUCAGCGAGCAGACGUGUGAUUUGAUCUGGGACCGGUGCCACCGUGAGAUUGUCCGUGGAGAAACCAAGCAUCUGAUAGUGCUCUCGAGCGUUCCCGUCGCAUAUCCAAGAAUGGCAAUGCUCAAAAACAUUCUCAAUAGUCGCAAAUCGCUGGGGAAGGCUGGGCUUUUCGGAGGCUUCGUAAACAAGAACGGCAGCAAAGUAGAGAUAUUCGACGAUCACUGGACGGCUAAACACCACAAAGCCGAACGGACCUAUCUGCUUGAGGACCUCCAAGACCUUGCAGCAGAAAAGUCGGUUCGGGUGACUAUCUUGAGCGGCGAUGUCCAUCUGGCAGCCAUCGGACAAUUCUACUCCAAUCCUAAACUAAACCUGCCCAAAGACAAGGAUUACCGAUACAUGCCGAAUGUCAUAUCUUCUGCGAUUGCAGACAUGCCAGAAACCGAAAUGGUAUCGGAUAUGCUGAACAAGCGCAACCACGUUCACCACUUGGACACGAACACAGAUGAAGACAUGAUCCCCAUCUUCACACACGACGUCAACAACAAGCCGCGUAACAACAAGCGCUUGCUUCCUCGCCGAAAUUGGUGCGCAAUCCGUGAGUAUCAACCCGGCUCCACACCUCCAGGUACACCGGAAUCCGAAGAGGGCCCUCCACUGGCUGAGGAGCCGCGUCCGGGUAUACUGCAGAGGACUCUGUCCUUAGGACGAGGUGACAGACCUCAGGGUGGUUUGCUGCGACAGCUCUCGCUGCGUGGACCUCCACCGGCUGAGGAGCGGCGUCCGGGUAAACUGCAGAGAACUCUGUCCUUAGGGCGAGGUGAUAGGCCUCAGGGUGGUUUACUGCGACGGCUCUCCCUGCGUGGGCCCCCACCGACAAAAGAUUUUAAUCUUGGAGAUGCACCUGGUCGCGGUACGAGUAUGGACGGACCAUUUCCUCCCACUGAUGCCGAAGGCGGCUAUUUCCCUGGUCCUGCACCAGAAUUUCGCCCAGGCCCCUUCCACCGUCGCCCUACGAGUUUGAGCCAGAAGGCUGCCAAGAAAACUGCGAAAAGGGGCGACGACGGUGUAGGCGCAUACGUCAAUCUGGAGAAGGGUCUAGCUAUCACGCUCAACCUGGAGCUCAACCCACAAGAUCCAUCAGGUAUCACGACGCCGUAUAAGCUUCUUGUGCCCGUGCUGCGUUAUGAAGGCGCUGAAUACGAUCCCCCCGCCAACCCGGUUGCCAAAGGUUGGAAGAAAUGGUUGGCUGUAGGGCGUAAGAAAGAGCGUGGCUUCGCCAAGGAUGUCCCUGGUGAUGUGGAGGAUACUGAUUACGAUGACGACCCUGACUACGAAGAAGGCUAUGCGGGAAGUGAUCUCGAUGAGCCUGGUGAGAGGCUGCCGGAGAAAAUGGGCCACAGGGGUCAUGCACCAGCACAUGCAUCAGUACCGGGGCCCGACUAUGAUUGGCCGGAGGAGACUAUGAAGCGGAAGAAGAAGUGGUUUGGACGAUUGGUAUGA